CAGCACACGACAGCCAUUACGACACCAAUGGCUGCCAUGUUUGCUCCCAGCCGGGGGAGGCAAUUGGGCCAUGCCAUUGCCUCCAACCCCGUCACUCUCCCCGGGUUUCUCGUACCGGCAUGGCAGGCCACGACCCCCAGGAUGGCGCCUCGGGCGACCGCCCUCUUCUCGACGACCUCGAAACGACCCUCCAAGCUCGGCCGGACACCGCUCUCGAUUCCUCCCGGCGUGGAGCUGACGGUUGGCGAGCCGUUUGCGCGCAAGGACCUUACGACGUACAAGCGGGUGUUUAAGAAGACUAUCAGUGUCAAGGGACCGCUGGGAGAGCUGAACCUCGAGGUUCCUGAGUUUGUUACUCUUGAGCAGGAUACUGAGAACCGUAUGGUUUCUCUCGGUGUUCAAGAUUCGGAUGUGAAGCAGCAGAAGGAGAUGUGGGGCACAUCGUGGGCAUACCUCAAGAACUACAUCAUGGGUGUUUCGGAAGGCCACACAGCUAUUCUCCGUCUCGUGGGUGUCGGUUACCGAGCGUCGGUCGAGGAGCGCGGAGCCAAGGAGGAGUUCCCUGGACAGCGGUUCCUGUGCCUCAAGCUGGGCUUCACGCACCCGGUCGAGGAGGGCAUCCCUAAGGGGGUGACCGUCACGACGCCGGCGCCCACACGUAUCCUCAUCGAGGGCAUCGACCGCGAGGUGCUCAUGUCGUUUGCCGGGCGGGUGCGCAAGUGGCGGCCCCCGGAGCCGUACAAGGGCAAGGGCGUCUUCAUCAACGACCAGACCAUCAAGCUGAAGCAAAAGAAGAUCAAAUAG